AAGGGAAAAAAUAACUAGUUCAAUUUGAUCUCUCACCAUGAAGUUACUUUUGGGUACUCCCUUUGUGCAAACCCUGUAACAAGUCAUGAUUUUUCAAAAUCCAAAGGAAAAACCUGACAUUUGGCGUAGAAAUUUGCUUAUACUCAUCAGGAGGAAGAAGGUAUUUACUGUAUGUAUUCAACAUUGAUUUUUCUUGUCUGAUUUUGAGCAACCGCUGCGAAUGAUUCUCGCGACAGAACAAUGGUAGAGGGGCAUGGUGUUGUGGGGCAAAAAUCCACCACCUUCACUUCGAUAGUUUUGUGUCUGCAAGGUUUAUUUGGUCCACUUAGGCAUCUGACUCUAUAUCUCCGUCCACAAGCAGCUCCAUUGUCCCACAAUCCGUCACUCACAGCAGCAAACAGAUUCCCAGGUGGGAACUGAUCUUCUCUGAAUCCACCACAUUUAGUAGCUGCAGAGCUUGAAAGGAAUUUUUAUCUUACCCGUAGGUUUUGAACUGUUCUUCAAAGCAGGGGAGGAGCCAAAAAAAUCAACUGAGGGGUGCUAA